AUGUGGUGGCUGUUCUGCCAUUUAAGAUUCGUCCUUUUCGCUUCUACCAUGGGGUUUGUCGCAGCUAACGAUCAAUGUAGGACAGAAGUAAACAUACAAGGAAUGGCUCUCGAGAGUCAUGUCUUCAAAAGGUGGUCACUGGCGGUUCCUCAUCUUUGCGAUGUCAAAUGUGGACAAGAGAUCACGUGUCAAAGCUAUAACUACAAUCGAAAAUACCAAAUAUGUGAACUAAAUAACCGCACCAAGGAGGCGAGACCAGAGAAUUUCCUUUCAGCACCCACGUGGUUUUACAUCCGGCGAUUGAACGGCAGAGGUGAGAAAUCAAAUGUCUCUCUAUCUGUGUGAUUUCUAUUUCUCUUAAAUCUUCUCCAUCCUCAGCCUGGUUCCUUCUCACCUGGAAGGGCUAAGAAUAGGAAGUGAAUGUAAAACAUAUCUUUACUGCAGCUCCCUUAGGUUCUAUCCCUGAAUUACCGGCGCUGUCUUGUCACGAAAUAAAGGCGAGUGAAGGUAAACACACCAUAAGCGGCAAGUACUGGUUAGAUCCAACUAGGAAAGGAAAGGCAAAACUGAUUUACUGUGAUAUGGUUAACGAAGGUAGGUCCUAUAACUUUGCUUGAGUUAUUUUAUUUUGUGGCGAGUUAUCAGUAUCAUGAAAUUAUUAUAAAUUAUACUAUUAUUGAUAUCAUUAUCGUAAUAUUUGGUUUGGAUCAUUUCUAGCGUGGAUGCCUCUCUCAAGUUGCUCUAACUUACUCACAUUUUAGAUAUGGAUGAAUGUAAAUUUAACAUCAGUGACUGCGACGUGAAUGCAAACUGUACUAACACAUAUGGUUCUUACAAAUGCACAUGUAAAGUGGGAUACACUGGCGAUGGACGCUUGUGUUCAGGUAGUUUGAAUAUUUCCAUAUGUAACUAAUUUUUGUUAAUCGUCUCAUAAUUUUAUGCAGCGUUAUCCAUGCAUGUUUAUGCAAAGAGUUACCACGAUCUACACAUUUUGUUACACAUUUUUUAGGAAGAGGAAUUACAUGACUGUGGGUCAAAAAAUGAUAAAGUGCAAAAUUUAUCGAUAGUUUCUCAGAUAUUUACGAGCGUAAAGGAAAUCACUCUUGUCACGUGAAUGCUACAUGCACGAACACCAAAGUAUCGCACGUUUUUACUUGUCACCACGGAUAUACUGAAAAUGGAAGCGACUGCACAGGUACUUAAUGCGUUUCCUUUGUAACCAUUCCCAUUAGAAAGAAAAGCACUAUCAUCUUUGCAAGAGUUGUUUUACCAGAAUACCUUGUAUAAAAAGAGAUGAGUGUAGGCCUGAAGACAAUGGCGAUAAUGACACCAUUGUAUUCAAUAAACAUUCAGUGGUAAAAAAAUCUCAACUGGCAAAGGGGACUUGAUGGAUAGGCUUACAGGACAGAACAACGGAUUUGAACUUGGGGAAACCGAGUAAAAAUCUGGUAAGUGGUAACGUAAGUGCUCACGUCUAGAACCACAAGACAAAGACUUCUCAGCUUAUGCCCCGCAACUUUUCUCCAAUUACAUUUUUUUUUUGUUUAUGAUUUUUCAGAUAUUGACGAGUGUAAAGGAAAUCACUCUUGUCACGUGAAUGCUGCAUGCAUGAACACCCUUGGAUCACAUGUAUGUCAAUGUCAUGCUGGAUAUACUGGAAAUGGAGAAAACUGCACAGGUAAAUUUAAUCUCUUAUCUACAAUAUAGUAGAAUAGUCCUGCAUGACACGUUCGACUACAGUGCCGCACCAUCCAGUUGCGUUGCAAGACAAUUAGACAAUUUAUCACUAAGAAACUCGGUCAUUUUGUCCUCACGUGUUCACCUCCUCGAGUGUUCGAGUCGCUAUCUUAUGAGAAUAUAAACUGUUAUAAUCUCUUGGUAUCGAGUUGAACAAGAGAAGAAAAGUUACAUGACCGCAAGCAACCAUGUACUAUUUUGAUUAUCAUGUAAACACGAUAGGCCUUUACUGAGAAUGAAAGGUGACUUUUUUAAAGAAUGAUAUGAUUGGUUUCACAAUCCGCGAAAAAAAAUCAUAAAGCGCGUCGGCGAUAAGGGUCAAGAUGAAAGAAUGCGUUGAACCAUUACAGAAACAGACAAAGGGCGUAACUUUCUUUUUACAAAAUUCUCAGUUGAUUUUUUCCUUACCGAAAGAAAAAUAUUUUCAUGUAAAAGAUAAAAAUAGGCCUUUAGUAAGAAAAAAAUAUAAUUUUUUAAGGAAUGAAAUUAGAAGUUUCAUAUUCCGCGAAAAAAAAGUCUACCAAGGAAGGCUAGCAAGGCUAAUCUUUGACGAUUGAUAUCCGACUACAGUUUGGAACGGUGUCUAGAGAGAGAUUCCACUGCAGUGGAAGUUUUUGUUUAGUCUAAAUUAAUAAUUAAUUUGUCACAAUGAUAAAUAACUUAAUGACCUGUCACCUCCUAAAAGUUUAAAAAAACGAAUGUAUCUCUCACUCGUGUAACCACUAACGUUGUAUAAUUUUUCUUUUCUUUCCAAUUUUUUUAGAUAUUGAUGAAUGCCAAGAAAAUACUCAUAAUUGUCACCUGAACGCUACUUGUCAAAACACAAAUGGAUCCUUUGUGUGCACCUGUUUAUUUGGAUUUAACGGAGAUGGACGGAACUGCACAGGUAAAGGCCUUUAGAUUGUAAUUGCCUCGUUAUGACUAUUUGUUUGCUUGUGUUUUUAUUUUCAAUUAUUUGUUUAUUUUGUACGUACCUUCUCUGUUUGUUUGUUUGUUUUGAUAAAGUAGUUACCCUUGCCUUAAUAUUUUUGACCAAUGGUAGAAAAUGAUCCCAAUUGAAAGCAAGAGGACGAAAUGCACUCAAUGCUCAAAAUAAGGAGAUUUAUACAUGUAUCAUACUCCAAGAAUCGUGAUUGAAAGCCUGUCAUUUCUCAGAUAUUGACGAAUGUGCAAGAAAUCUUUCUUGUCAUGUGAAUGCUAACUGUACCAACACAAUUGGAUCACAUGUAUGUAAAUGCCACACUGGAUACACUGGAGAUGGACAAACUUGCUCAGGUGAUUUUGAUAACUUUUCUUCAAUGUCCAGAAAAGUCCUUUAUGUGCGAAGAGAGACAACCUCCAUUGCUGCUCUUUCUAUACAUACAAUCCCAGCUACUCGAUGCGGGAGGUAAUCUGAAACGUCUUUUUAGCUUAAAUUAUAAGGCCGGAAGUAGUCAAACAUUUAUCCUAAAAUUCAUCCCUCAAUAAAAAUUGUGGAUUGUUUUGUUUUGUCUCACAUCCUUUGAGAUUAGAUUUGCAGUAUUUUGGAUAGUUAUUCAUUAUAUCUUGAUUCACCAAAACAUUUUUCAUCAUAACAUCAACUCUGGGUUGUGACGUGGUGCACUUGAUCCCCAUCAGACAUUGACGAGUGUUCACAGAUGAACAUCUGCGACAAGAACGCCUCUUGCAGUAAUACCCAGGGCUCCUACAGCUGCGCCUGUAAUCCUAAAUACACUGGGGAUGGUCUGACUUGUAAAGGUUAGUCUCUUUUGAUCCAUGCCUUAUAUAUUUUUUAGAGAGGGUACUGGCUGAACUCGCUGUAAAUAAUGUUGAGUGAAUGGCUAUUCUUGUUUGGCCAUGUAACAAAUCACGUUAGUUUUUAGUACCUUUAGUUUGCUUGGAAACGUCCAUCGACAAAACAUCGGGGAUAAAGAAAGAUAAAUUUGAUUUUUUACAUCAUAUUUUUGGACUUGAAGGCAUUGUUUUUGUCCACCAGGGGAGAAAAUAAUUUAUUCUUGAUGAUGCAUAACUGUUCUGCAAAUGCAAUCAUAUUGAUGAUGUCUCAAUUAAACAGAAUAGUCUGAUUGGUUAAAAUCGAUGUUGACCGCAGUUACGAUUUUCUCACUGACCUAAUAAGAUGAUUCCUCAGGAAAAAAAAAAAAAGUCAUCUAACAUUUUUUAGCAUUUUUUUUCUGCCUUUAAAUAUUUCCUACCAAUGGCUGUUUCGAAAAAUGCAAUAAGAAAGGCAGGUCACCUUGCUUGUUUGAGAGAAAUGACGGGCAACACUUACCUCAUUUAUGCCUACUAGCAAUUUUUCCCGCGCGUCAUUUCAAGGUACAUUUUUAGGUAGCUGGAAUAAAGGGUUUCCGAAGUAAAAAUUAAAAGAAAAAACUUAAAAGGUACAAAGUCUCGAGCGUGUGGAAAAUUUGAUAUGUAAUUUGUGGAAAUUAUUUAUAUAUAUUAGUAAUUAUUAUCACGUUCCUCACGUCGUUGUUUUCAAGGUAAUGAUUUUCAUCAUCAAGUAACAGGCUUUGUGCACGUUUUUAGCUAUGUUUUCUUCUUUUUUUUUUUUGCCUUCGACAAUUUUCUUAAUUUCUCCAAGUUAAAGGGGAAGAUUUGUACAAAAAAAUUAUGCAAUGAAAAAUAGAGGUCACCCCGCUCGUUCAAGAGCUAAAGAGCAUUGUGCCUGUUUGCAUGGUCCAUUUAUUGAAAAGCAAUACCGUGUUCUCGGAAUGUGUGCGCUUACUUGCCUGAAUACGUGAUUUUUAUGCGCAGUACAGGAUGCCCAGUGCAAUACUGAGGAAUCACCUUUAGACUGAUAGCAAGAUUCAGUUUGUUUUUUUUUUAUCUAAAUAGUAAUUAAUGGAAGAAUAUCUGUCUAAAUAAGGAAAAAGUAGACAAAUUUGAGUGUAGCCGACGAAACUACGAGCAUAGCAACUUGACUUUUUAAAACGCGAAUUUUUGUCGGAUGCACGAUUUGAUUGGCUGUUAGGAAACACUGUCGUCCAGAGCAUGUGUUGAGAAAAUAUUUAUCAGUCAUGUUAUAAACAUACAACAUUUACCUUUGAUAGAAAUAGUAGAGAUGGUAAGUUUUGAGCUCGAUGAAGAAUUAAGAAAGAUGUUUUUUCGUCUCGUCGCGAGCGUGGGAUAAAGAAAAAUUCUGAGUCCCCAUGAGGAAUCUUCUUCACCGAGCUCAAAACUUAACAUCUCUACUAUUUCUAUCAAAAACAUUACGCUAUCGACAUUGUUGAUCCUAGCAGUAUGCAGGACGCGUGUUAUAAGAACUUCGUAAUAGACCUCGCUCACCGAAGAGUCUUUGUGGCUCAUUGGUAGAGCAUCGGAGCGCAAAUCCGAAGGUCUGAGGUUCGAUUCCUCAUGUGGACCCAGAAUUUUUCUUUAUCCCACGCUCGUGACAAGACGAAAAAACAUCUUUCUCAACAUUUACCUUUCUCUGUAACGUUAUUAGAGAAUUUUGCUUAUAAUAUAUAGGGCACGUUUUCCCUUGUUUACAUUUUCUCAUUUAAACACUCGAGGCUUGGAAAUUUCUUCAAAGUUAUGCAAACCCUUGACCGCGUAUCGGGUUCGCAUAACUUUCUCAAAUUCUCCCAACCUCCUCUCGUAUUUAGGUGAGAGUAUGUAAACAUGGAAAAAAGGUUUUCUAUUCCUUAAGCAGUAAUCAGCUCCAACAAAGUUUUCCAGGCAUAUCUGCACAGAUCAAAGGGAAACUAGUUACUUCACUUCAAUUCCACUAAGACACAGAAAACUUUUUCACAGUUAAAUAAUUCUAGCCCAGGGAAAUUUUUGCGGGAGCACUUAUUAACAAGUUUGAUGGCUUUACAUUCAUCAACAACCUUUUUUUGUGGUCAGCAGUCGAUGAUUGCAGGGCUUUAUGAAAAGCGAUCACUGAGCGAUCGCGCCACAGUCACGUAUUGAAAUUCUUGGAACAUGGUAUCUUUUAAGGGAUUUUGUAUUGAGGCUGUAUGACAAACUCGGCUAUUUUUUUUAGCAGCCAUAAUUCGAGAAAAUCUCGACAUGCGACCCUGGAUUGAGAACGGUCAUCGCUUUGCCAUUCAUUCAUUAACCUAACACAGCUGAUUGGUGAUAUCAAACACAUGUAAAAAAUUAUCGUAAUGUUAUACGCGCGUUUAACAAGGAUUUCCUGGCUCUUCUCAGGGCAGAAAAUCGUUUUAAACCACCGCAGUUUAUAUAAUAGCUUUUCUCCUUAAGCUUUCCUAUAACGAAAUAUAUAAAACAUCGCUCUAACCGAAAUUCAACUUUUUAGCCGAUCCGUGCUAUAAUUACAGAAACCUGAGCGAUGCUGACAGAAAGAGCACUUACAACACACCCUACGGUAGAGAAAAAUGUGACGACGAAUCCUCAUCCAUAAUAUUCGGGAAUUGGUAUCGUUUCGUGGGAGAUGCAGGAACAAAAAUGCCAACCCAGUGCGUACCGUAUAAUAGAUGUGGUGCGGUCUGGUCAAGCUGGCUAAAAGGUGGUCACCCCACAUUGGCAGAUGGUGAGGUUUCCUCCAAGGUCUGCUUUAUCAGAGUUGGAGAUUGUUGCAAGAAAUCAAUUAACAUAAAAGUGAAAGACUGCGGAUCCUACUUUAUUUACAAACUACUAAAGGUACCUGCUUGUAAUCUGCGCUACUGUGGCACAGACUGA